UGUAUCUCUCGGACGCAUCAUUUGAUUCACAAACGUUCUAAACUUCACACCUUGCUAAUCAAUAACAGUAUGCGUGCGCGAAAAAUGUUUAUCUUAUUAUUUGCUUGUCUUACAGUGACUCUGGCAAAAGUGGCAGAUGGGAGGAAAUAUGUAGAUUUAAAACAAGGACCAGUGUUGGGUUUUAUAGAUCAGGAUGUUGAAGUGUUUGGGUUCUAUGGGAUACCGUAUGCUACAGCACCUACGGGCAGAGACAGGUUUAAGGCACCUCUACCACCACCAAUUUGGAAUAAUACUUUCAAAGCGAUAGAUCAAGAGACAAUAUGUCCACAAUACGGUCAAGAAGAUUAUAAAGACAAAAAAGUCAAAGAAGAUUGCCUCAUCGCAAACGUUUUCGUACCCAACACUGAAACAAAAAACCUACCAGUUAUGGUUUUGGUACAUGGUGGAGCGUUUCAAUUAGGAUAUGGAAAUUCUAGAACUCCUAAACAACUUGUCAGUAGUAAGAGAAUUAUUGCGGUGACAUUUAAUUAUAGAGUUGGUCCACACGGAUUCCUUUGUUUAGGCACAGAAGAGGCCCCAGGAAAUGCUGGCAUGAAAGACCAAGUAGCACUACUACGUUGGGUCAAAGAAAACAUACGAGAUUUUGGAGGAAACCCUGAUGACGUCACGAUUGUUGGAUGCAGUUCAGGCGGAGCCUCAGUCGACCUGCUUUUGCUAUCAAAAAUGGCAAAUGGUUUGUUCAAUAAAGCAAUUGCAAUGAGUGGGGCAAAUGUUGGCGUGUUUGGCGCUCAAGUUGAUCCAAUAGAAAACGCGAGAAAUUACAUGAAAAAUUUCGCGAGAAAUUAUAAAGGAGACGACGUGGAGUCACUUGUGGAAUUUUACGUAAACGUUCCCUUAGAACUGUUGAACUCAGUUGAUCUAUUGGGGACUAAAGACCUCGCUGUGGUAUUCCAACCAUGUGUGGAAGCUGACAUAGGUAUUGAAAGAUUCUUACAUGACACCCCAGUGAAUAUUAUAAAAAAUGGAGACUACGUAAGACGCCCCUUGCUUUAUGGGUUCGCUAAUAUGGAAGGUCUAUAUCGUACAAGAUAUUUCGAAUCUUGGACAGUUGGCAUGAAUGACAAUUACUCAGAAUACCUACCAGCUGAUUUAGGAUUUCGAACAGAAGAAGAAAAGCAAGAAGUGGCUGAAAGAAUCAAACAGUUUUACUUCGGUGACAAACUAGUCGACAACAAAACUAGUUUAGAAUAUGUAGAGUACUUCACUGACGCUAUGUUUGUUUAUGCUAUGCAAAGAUCUGUAACUUUACAAGUGGGUGCUGGUAAUAAUGACAUUUAUCUAUUUGUGUAUUCUUUUGUUGAUAAGGAUUCAGAAUACGUCCCAUACACAGAUAUUCAAGGGGCAACGCAUUGUAUGGAAGCACAUGCAGCCAUGGAUGAAGAUGAGAGUGAAAUUACACCGGAAUAUAAACUGAUGAAACAGACAAUGCGACAAGUCUGGUUGGACUUCAUUACAACUGGAAACCCAUCACCUCAAGGGUCAUCUUUGCCUCCUUGGCCCCCCUCCGGCGCCAACAGAACUCCUUGCAUGGACUUCGGAAGAACGAUCCAUUUGUCCGGACCUUUUGAAGAGAAAAGGACACGGUUUUGGGAUAAUAUCUAUAACCAGUACUAUAGGCAACCUGUCACUCCGUAUAAACUUUAAGAAAUAAUAAAAUACUUAUUAGAUUAUAAUUUAAAUAUUUAAAUAAGUA